GCCAGCAGUAAUCAAAACGCAUUCAGAUUCCAUUAUACUUACGAAAACUCAAGUGUGUGGACGAUUGUUGCAGUUGCAUAUUUUUAAUUUAGCUAUAUACAACAAUUUAUUCAUAAUUGGAGAGUGAUUUCAACAAUUGAUUGCAAACAAUUUUUUACUAAGUUAACACGUAAAACGUAAUAAAAAAUAUAUACAUAAACAUGUCAACAGAUGAGCAAACUCCUGUUGUGUCCAACGAUGAAGGCGGUGCUGCAGCGAAAGAAAGCACCACUACUCUUGGAGAAACUGGCGUUGUCGAUGAGAUGCAUGCGCUAAAGUUGCUCGACGCCAAAGAGUUGUACUGUUAUGGUUCACGAAAUUUUCUAGUAAAAAACUACAGUGACGCCGCUGAUCAGCUGAGUCAAGUUUGCGCCUUAUAUGAAGAAUUGUACGGCGAGCAGUCGGAUGAAUUGGGCAUGCCAUAUUUGCUCUAUGCAAAAUCAUUGAUUGCCUUAGCAUUGGAUGAGAACAAAGUCAUCGAUGUGCCGGACGAAGAGGAACUCGAUGAUGACGAUGAUGAUGAUGAUGAAGAUGCCGAUGAGGCGGCGGCGGACGAUGAAAUGGCCGUAGAUGCAGCACCAAACGCAAAGAAUGGUAGUAAUGGUGCAGAGGCGACGGCUGCGGCGGCAGGCAGCAGUGGGAAUCGUAAGCUAACAAGUAUUAAAGAGAAGAAUGAAGAGGCUACUGAGCCAGCAACAUCGACCACCGCUGAAGUGAAAACAGCGCCGAAGGAUGCGGCGCCUGUUGCCGCAACGCCAGUUUUGGAUGACGAGAAGCCGAGCACCUCCAACGGUGAUACCGCUGGCGAAGAGAUUGAAGACGUAGAGAAUGACGCGGCUUCCAAUCUGCAAUUGGCUUGGGAAAUCCUUGAGCUGGCUGACAAAAUUUUCUCACGUCAAGGCGCAGAUGGCAUAUCAAACUUGGCUGAGGUGCGAACGGAGCUGGCUAAUAUUGAAUUCGAGAACAAUUUGCCUGAGGCGGCACGUGAUGAUUACGUUAAAGCAUUAAAAAUUUACCAGGAACUGCCGCCCAACUACCGACGCGCUAUGGCCGAAAUACAUUACAAAAUUGGUCUAACCUAUCUGAUGCAGCAGAUGAACAAAGAGGGCGCUGAAUCGCUGAAGGCCGCAUGCGAGCUGAUCGAUGGUGAAAUAAAGGAGAUACAAGAGAGCGAAGAGGAGCUGAGUGAGAAACGGAAGAGUAAGAUACAGGAUUUAGAGGAGACCAAACAGGAGAUUUGGGCGAAAAUAUCCGAAAUCGAGGAAACACAAGCGCAGAACAUCGCCGAAGUGCGCGCUGCGCUGGACAGCUACAUUAAACCAAUCAAUAGCUCAUCAGCGGACACAAAUGGUGCCGGUACCUCAAAUGCUGCGUCCUCAUCGUCAGCAGCGGGCGCAUCGUCGUCGUCAUCGAGUGCUGCCAAACCGACAGAUAUUUCACAUUUAAUUAAACGCAAGAAGCCGAGUGAUAAUGGGGAUGCCGACGUUGGCGCGUCACCAGCUAAACGACCAGCUGCCUAAUUAUUCUCUAUAGCUCGGGUUGCAUUGUUUUUUAUUUUAUUUUUUGUUUCGAUAACAGCUCGUGUUUUUAUGCAAAGUUUUUGCUAAAUUGUGACUGCUUGCCGUUAUUAUUUAUUAACGGAGGAAAGCAUAUAAGACAAAGCAAACAAUUUAUUUAACUGUAAUUGUUCUUCAACGAAUUCUUAUUUAGUUUGAAAUAUAUAUAUUUUUUUAUUUUUUUUAUGUUUUGCUGGUCGAAUUGAUAUACAUUGCUUUGUUUCAACUGAAUAAACAUUUUUUUAUUUGUUGGCUACGCUCAAAAAGACAUUUUCUAAUUUAAUAGUGGAAACUUUAUAAUUCUAUGCUCUACGUUUUUUACUAACUCAAUUGCAGUCACAAUUCUAAGUGUUUUAUAAUCUCGUUUUCUUGCUUUAACAACACUUAAUGGUGAAUUCUCUGUAGUUUUUCUACAAUAGCAUUUAGUUUUAAGCAUAUACAUUGCAAAUACAUAUUAUUUAUAUAAAUACAUAUUUAAUUUAUAUUAUAAAUAGUCUUUCUUGCUAUUAUUUGUAUUGUUUAUUUUUGUUCAAGCUCAUUGCCACACUACACACUCUUACUGUCAGAAAACACAACAAAACAAUGCGUAGUGUUAAGUUAAACAAUACAAAUAUACAUACAUAUAAAUGAUAUUCAUACAAAAAUAAAGGAAAAUAUUUUUUUCUACUUAUACAA